AUGAGGCUCCAUUUCUUCAUAUUCAUCUGCGUUGUAAAUUCAGUCUUCGCGCAAUUGCCAAAUGAAGACGACAAACAUGGAAUUGGAAAUGUUCAACACGAAGAAACACCCUGUGGUAUCGAAGCUUUAAUCUACGGCGGGGUUGGGUAUACAAACACCCGUCCAGGUCCAUUGUUUGAUGACGAGUAUCUUCCGACAUGUAGCUGCUACCAAAAUUUAUUCGAAUCUCAGAGGAAUUAUAUCUACGAGGACUUGAAACUCUACAAAGCCUCCAGUGGAUCGGGUGGAUACGGAGAGUUCCAAGGAUUCGGCGGUGGCGAUAUUACGCUACCAGGAGUGAAUUGCAUCGAUAAUGACAGAAAACCGAUCACUGGACCUGAACGUUCUGGAAUAACUUAUCAGGUAAACUUGAACAGAACUGUAAUGACUGUGAAGGAAAAUGAGUAUUUCACGGCUGGACCUGAAGGAAACAAUAAAAAUGGAUAUAAUUAUAUUGAAUUUUCUAAAACAGUAGACGAGGAUAGCACCUUCAAGUUGGGUAAAGUAUCUCUGAAAAAUGGAAAGAAAUUAAUUUUCGAUUCUUCAGAUCAUGUUGACCAGGAUAGCAUGAAAGAUAUUUGUGAAAAACACACACCAAGGUCCAUAGAAGAUAAUCUGAUGAAAAUAUUGAGAGCUGGUAUUUUUAAUGACUCUGAGUGUCCAAUAAUGGAGGGAUCAAAUUUCACUGCGCCGAAUAGUAUAGACCCAUUUUUAAUGACAUUCAAUCAAAAAAUGAAUUGUGGGUAUUACUUACUUAAUUAUCAAAUAGACACACCAGAUACUGAUGACGCGUUGGCUCUUUAUUACAUAUUUGAAAUAAAAGAGGACGAGGAUUGUCUUAAAGAAGAAAAAUGA